AUGCCACCGCCAGUCACAGCCUUGCAUUUGUGGACUAUCACUGAGUUGAUUCAGACGACACUAUACCGUUUCAUUGCACAGAAACGUGUCAUUGGUGCACGUGCACGUUGUGAUGCUGAAGGCAGUCCUGACUUGCUUUUUGACCCUGAACAGAACUUGGAACAGAACUCAAUUUUGUCGGAGGGUUCCCAACCACGUUUCCUGGAGCCCAGACCAAAGUCCAGACCUCAGAGCACUGUGAGUGAAGUCACACGCGACCUUGGUGUGAAGCGCACUGCAGAUGAGUUUGCAUCCAUGAAGGCUGGGGCAACAACGCCAGCCCAAUUUGUUGAAGCAUUGCGCUUUUCAAAUGCCCUGCUUGGCUUUUGCAAGACCAGCCUUGAUGAUAUGCUCAGUGCACGUGUUGUGGGUGGCAUGAUUCAAUGCAUGUUGUCUCCAUGGAACCACCUUUGCUUGUUGGAGGCGGCGACAUCAAAGCACAAGUCGUCCCGUACCAAGGAACAGCAGAGGGAGUUGCUGCCUUUUACUGCACUGGGACAAACCUUGGCUGUUGAAAACUGGGCAGACUCAUGGCUGAGUGCAAGAGAGGAUUCAUGCAGCUCAGAAUGGUGCCAUUUCUUGUGCUCCUGGUCCGAACAUCAAGGCGAUUGGGCAGACACAAAGAUGUCAACCGCUGAGGCCACUUUUUGGCUAAGAGAACUGCUGGAGCCCAUGGUAGGGCCAGACCGGUCGGCGGUGCUGACUGUGCACGGCCUGAAGGCCACGAUGUUGAGCUGGGCGGCAAAGAGCAUGUUGUUCACCCCAGAGGAGCAAUUGGCGCUUGGACACCAUGUGAGCUCUCACUACAAGUCUGCCCUGAUUUACUCUCGUGAUAAUCAGAUUGGCCUUUGCAAAAAGAUUUAUGACAUGAUGGACAAGAUCAAAGCAGGUACUUUCAACCCUGAUGGCAGCCGUGUUCAAAGGUUGCUGCAACUAACGAUGGCCAGGGCCCAAGAGUUGCAGUCAGAUGAUGACAGUGACACUUCAUCUACCUCCACUGACGCUUCAAGUGUGGCUUCAUCAGAGGGGGAGCACCGUGAGCCGGAACCGUCCUCUUUCAGACGGUUGGAUGCGGCAGACAUUGACCGACCAAUCAACAAGAACCCGAUGCCUAACAUGUUUCAGUUGCAUGUGGCAGAGGUCAAUUUUGAGAUGUCCUUGAGAUUGAAAUCGUCCGAGUUCAUUUGCAAUUUCUUGGCUGAGCUGCGUGAACACCACGGCAUUGCACAAAACUUUAACUUGGUACUUCAACUGGCCCUCCUCGGGCACCGGGUUGCGAGCUCAAUGGCAAUAGAUUCCAAAGUUGCUUUUGCAAAUCGUGCACUGGAACUUGGAAUUACGGAAGCUGAAAUUGAUGCGCUGAAAGGAGUCAACAUAACCAGUUAUGCUACUUAUGCUUACUGUUGCAACUUUCAACCGGGUCAAGCUGACGAUGCACCCCUGACAGCUUUCUUGACCACAACGCUGGGAGCCGAGCCUUCAGCUUCAGUUGCAUCGAAGUUUCGUAGGCUGUUUUUCGAAGCGCAUGCACUUUCACUUGAAGACUUGAAAUCUAGGGCAGAACGAUCUGAGUCCAGUGAAGCUCGGGUCAUUCCUUUGGCAGAAAAGAUGGAUAGGAUCAGGCUCCAAAAGGAGCGACUUGUUGGCAUAUGUUUUACACCGCAAUCAGAGCCUUCACAUAGCCUUAUUGACAAGGUGUGCCAGCAACUUGAUGACAACGUUGUGUCCUACAUUGAACUUCAGAAAUGCACUUCGAGACAAGAUGAAACUUUGCAUGCCAAGACAGACACUGCAUUGUCUUUGGACUUGUCAGGGAGCCUGAAACUCAGCAAAAGGCAAAAGUUGGAAGAUACAAACGUGACAGGUGAACACCGCCUUAGACAGGCAUUCUUACGUAGGAACCUUGCCUACGACCUAGCUGGGAUUGGCACCUUUUCAGUGAUGGAUUUGUGGACGCAGAAGCUCUUUGAGAAGAUGAAUGAGGCGCCUUUGGCUAACUACCGCAGUAUUUCAGCUGAGCAAAUUCUCAACGCUGACAAGGCUCUUUGGGUUAAGUUGUCAAACGAAACCAGAGGACAGCUUCAGCCCAAAACUGGUGACCCAAAGGCCUUUGACACAGCCUUCCAGAAGUUUUCUGAGCACCCUGAAGUACUGCAGCACAUGUGUCCGUUACAGAGCAGCGCGUCGUCCAGACCUGAGAAAGGGGCGCGCUUGGGUUUCCAUGUCCAUGCAAUCGACCACGCGGCCAACCGGCAUUCACCAAAGGUUCGAACGCUGGUCUUGGAUGUUUCAAACCUGCAGCAGCUGCAGGAUGCUGACAACUUGUUGGGUCUGCCUCACCUUUGUGGGGCUGACCUAACCAAAGUGACCUUGGCAAACCAGCUCUACCGCGCUGCAAUUGUCAUUCUACAACUGUGUUUUGUUUUGGGCUGCCUGGUAUCCAUUGAGAACCCUGGCCGCUCCUGGCUGUGGCCGUUACUGGCGCUCCUGGUUCAUGAAACUCAGGAUCAACCUUUUACUCAAUGGUUUUCGAAGCUGGAGGCAGUUUAUUUUGAUGCUUGUGCGCAUGGCAGCUCAAGGGACAAACGCACCAAACUGCUUGCCACGAGCGACCUUUUUUCCACCCUGGCGAUUGACUGCCCUGGGGACCAUAAACAUGCGUCCUGGCAACCUUUCCGUGGCGAGCAUGGAGUUGUUUUUCCAACAGCGAUGGAGGCUGAAUAUCCUCCGCUGCUAUGCAACCGUAUGGCCGAAUGUGUGCGACAGUCAGCAGCACACAUGGGUGUUAUCCCAAGCCUUCAACCACGCUUGAAGGAGCUGCUCAACCUGAAUUUGGGGCACCAGACCUUGCGGCAUGAGCCGUUGCUUCCAGAGUAUGCAACGGUUUUUCAAACAGCUACAAAGCAUGCUAUCAAGAAAGUGGUCAGAACUGACCCUCUGGUUUUGGCAAAGGAGCGCUUGGCCACCGUUUUCAACCUGCGUAAAUUGACAAACGAACUGAAGUGCCAAGAGUUGGCACUCAAGGACACAAUGCACCCAGAUGUCAAAAGAUGCACAGCGUCCAAGAACAUCCUCCUUUUCGAGCACGUCCUCAAACAGCUUGGUUUUUGGGAUAUGGAGGUUGUUUCCCUGUUGAAGCAGGGAAUUCCCCUGGUGGGGUUGCAAGCGGCCCCUGAUGGAUACAGAGAGCAUCUGGUGCCAGCAUCCAUCACAGAGGACGAGUUGCUACAAUCAGCAGCUUGGAGGCGCAAGUCCUUGAUGUGUCAAUCCAAGCGCUUCAAACCUGAAGAGGAAGCCGCUCUCCUCGAGACCACGGCUGAAGAAGUGGCAAAGGGUUUUUUGGAGGGGCCCUAUUCAGAACAGGAAAUUUCCGUUUUGUUGGAAACUGAGGACUGGUCCCUCAGCCCGCGUUUUGUCCUCUUCCAGGGCACUGGCGGCAAAAUCAGAGUGAUAGAUGAUGCAAAGAAGAGCUCGGUCAAUGCAGCUUACAGUUCCACCGUCAAGUUGCAGCUCCAGGAUGUGGACUAUGCGGCCAACAUGGUCUUGUUCUUGAUGUCGGAAUCGGCGGCAGCCGGCAUUUCAGGUGAUGAAUGGAUGGGCAAGACCUUCGACCUUAGCAAGGCUUACAAACAACUUGCCAUCCUUCCUGCCCACCAGAGACAUGCGGUGGUAGGAUUUCCUGUGGGUGGCACCUGGAGGGUGCUUUCUCUUGCGUUCAGCGCAGUGCUGGACAUGCUGGGUUGGGGGCAUGCAAAAGAGGGCGAUAAAGCGUUGAACUUUGCGGGUGCCUUUGACUUGUUGGGCGUGAACUUUAACCUUGCUUGGACUCCAAAGGGGAUCUUGCAGGUCACCAACAAAGCUACGAGGAUCGAAAAGCUAUGCGCUCUUUUGGACAAGGUCAAGAGCGACGGAGAGAUCACUGCGGCACAGGCCAGUGAGUUGCAGGGUCUUCUUAACUUUGCCAUAGGUUUCUUUUCUGGGAAGGCCCUGAAACACUUAGUAGCAGCCUUCAUGCCCUAUGCUGACCGCGUUAGCCUCUCAAAGUCCGGGGAGCUCCAAGACCUUUGUGCGUAUGCCAAAUCUAUGCUGACUUCUUUGGGCCCCAGGACUCACUCAACCAAAGGUGAAAGAAGGCCAAUACUCUUGUUCACGGAUGGUGCUUGGGAAGAUGGCCAAGCAUCUGCAGGUGCCAUUCUGGUUGAUGGAGAUUUUCGCGUCGGGGAAGCCAUGCGUCGCUUCAAUGUUUCUGACGGGGGCAUUGUGGACGCCACAGCCGAACUUGCCACAACAAUAGUUGGACUCCAUGAGCGACCUUUUAGGGCACAACACCUGAGCACCAAGCACGAAAUGCCAGCUGACAAAGUCACCUGGACAUCGUCAGAACAUGCAGAUCCAGCAACUGCAUAG